CACACACACACGCUGUGCCUGGUUGUAGGCCCGACCUUGUUGCUAGAGAGACAAGGCGAUCUUGACAAGAGGACAAUAGCGAUCAUAUGUGUGGUGGCAGCAGGCUGGAGCUUCGCCCCUAGUUCACAGGAGCAGGAUCCGCCGUUUCUGCCGUUUAUCUGCGCCGAUUGCUCCGGAGUCACCAUGCCCGGGUAUGACUAUAAGUUCCUGGAGAAGCCGAAGAGGCGCUUUCAGUGCCCGCUGUGCAGCAAAGCCAUGAGGGAGCCGGUGCAAGUCUCCACCUGCGGCCACAGAUUCUGCGACACCUGCCUCCAGGAGUUCCUCAGUGAAGGGGUGUUUAAGUGCCCAGAGGACCAGCUCCCCCUGGACUAUGCCAAGAUCUACCCUGACCCUGAGCUGGAGCAGCAGAUCCUGGCUCUCGCUAUCCGCUGCAUCCACAGUGAGGAAGGCUGCCGUUGGACUGGCCAAAUGAAGCAGUUGCAGAGCCAUUUCUCUACAUGUGCCUUUAAUGUGAUCCCAUGCCCUAACCGCUGCAGCGUCAAGUUGACACGCCGAGACCUGCCCGAGCACCUGCAGCACGACUGCCCCAAGCGUAAGGUCAAGUGCGAGUUCUGCGGCAGCGAGUUCACCGGCGAGGCCUUCGAGAAUCACCAGGGCAUUUGUCCCCAGGAGAGUGUUUACUGUGAGAACAAGUGUGGAGCAAGAAUGAUGAGAAGACUCCUGGCUCAGCACACCAUGGCUGAGUGUCCUAAACGCACACAGCCAUGCAAGUACUGUGGCAAAGAGUUUGUUUACGACACCAUCCAGAAUCAUCAGUACCACUGCCCACGUUUCCCAGUUCAGUGCCCAAACCAGUGUGGUGCCCCUAACAUCGCCCGAGAAGAUCUUGCAACCCAUGUGAAGGAAAGCUGUGGCAGUGCAUUAGUGCUCUGUCCCUUUAAAGAAGCUGGAUGCAAGCAUCGAUGUCCAAAGCUGGUAAUUGGCCGACACCUUGAAGAAACCACCAAGUCCCAUCUGACCAUGAUGUGCAACCUGGUAGGCCGUCAGCGGCAGGAAAUCGCAGACCUGCGGCGCGAUCUUGAGGAGCUGUCAGUGAGCCAUGAUGGGGUACUCAUCUGGAAACUGAGUGACUACUCACGCAAGCUGCAGGAGGCCAAAAUGCACAGCAACCAUGAGUUCUUCAGUCCACCCUUUUACACACACCGGUAUGGCUACAAGCUGCAGGCGUCCGCUUUCCUCAAUGGCAAUGGUAGUGGUGAAGGUUCACAUCUCUCUGUGUAUAUCCGCGUGCUGCCAGGUGAAUAUGACAACCUACUCGAGUGGCCCUUUUCCUACAAGGUCACUUUCUCCAUUCUGGACCAGAGCGAUCCAUCACUCUCCAAACCACAGCACAUCACUGAGACGUUUAAUCCAGACCCGAACUGGAAGAACUUUCAGAAACCCAGCAGCAGCCGUAGCUCACUGGACGAAAGUGCACUAGGCUUCGGCUACCCCAAGUUCGUCUCACACGAGGAGAUCCGGAAAAGAAACUACAUUCGUGACAAUGCUAUCUUCCUCAAGGCCUCCAUUGAGAUUCCCCAAAAGAUAAUGGCUUGAGACCACAAAAGCUUGAAAUCUUGGACGAACUUUUUAUUGACUUCAUGUGAAGAUGCAUUGUUUCUCCACCUGAACUAUGCUGAAGGAAAAACUUCAGAAACAGGAACUACAAAAAAAUAAAAAAAAUUAUCUGUCUGAUCUGUUGGCUAGUCCAUGGUGAAGCAUAGGCAAGUUAUGUUUUGUUCCAUGAAACCAGCAUGUUAUAUUUGUUUAUAUUGGUUUGAUUUUCAGUGUUUUUUCUUGCAAAAAAGAGCCUCUGGACUUUCAACAGUGCCUAGAAAUAUUCAGUUAACUUUUUUUUUUUGUGAUUUCAGACACCUUACAGUUGGGUGUAAAAGGUUAUAUGUAGCCUUUGCACUUUGAGUCCGAGUUUAAAUGCUAUGUUGGAAACAAGGCACCACUGUUCUAAGAACACAGCAGGUGAGAAAACGUGUGGGGUCUGGGCUAGGAAUUCAGUGUACACACUCAUGAUUGCCUUUUGUUUACACACUCUCUCCCAGUAUUGGUCCUUUAACAAAAAAACUCAGCAGCAGGGUCAAUGGCACACAAUUUUCUUUCUCAUUUACUUAGUUUGAAGUUAACUAACAGCAGCUGUGAAGUGAACAUGCCUCACUCCGUCACCUCCAGUUAUCCGAGAUCUUUCCAGACUCAGUUUUUAGUUUAGUAAAAGUAAAAUUUUACUGUUAAAAGAAUCUGGCAUCCAUACCCUGUCUUCUUGAGUGUAUGUAAAAUGCAGUGAUGGAAGAACUUGUUUACAGGCUUUAGGUUUAUAAAUGUUGAAAGAGUUGGCAGUGUACUAGAAGCUAGCAGUAAACACUUAACAUUGCAUACGACAUACUGUGUACUGUAACCUGCACUUAUAAACUAUCUAUAGUUUGAGUUAUUUUAAAAAGGGCAGUCCGUCACUUGGAAACGAAAUUCCUUUGUAUGAAUGAAAUGCGUGGAAAAACUGUUUGUUAUAAAAUCUGUUUUAAACCUGGAGAUAGGACCUCCAGACCUUUGACCCUUUUCUUUGUCUUACUCUGCUGGUCACUGGCAGCCGAGAGAGAGAGUAGAAGGGACUCCGAAGUGUCAGUGCCUCAAAUGGAUGAGUGCUCCAUUUCGCUUUUUGCAGUUUGCAAAAUUUAAAAAGAGCGUCUGAGGAAGACGAGCUUUGUACAAUAUGGCAGCCAGUUCUCAGACUGUGGACCAGGAUGACAUAACAUGUGAACACUAAUGAAAGACAUAUGGAUGCACAUUUAUACAUUUGCUCUCAUGUUCCUACUCAUUAUGAAAAGUCCUGAUUACACCACACUGUUAUACCAGCUAAUGUUGUCAAAAUAACAAGAAAAUGUGGGGAAAUGGUUUUGCAAGAUUCUGUAUUUUACAACGUAUUUCAAAAUAUUUUAUACAACACUUUUGGAGAGAAAAAAGGGAGAUCCAGUCUUAGUUCCAGUCUCUCUGAAAUUUGCAGUUGUUUUUUUUUUUUUUUUUUUUUUUUUUGCAUAUUCAGUACUGUAUGUUCUUAAAAAGUAUUUAUUUUAAACCAUUGCAUACGCUUGAUAUGCACACUGGUGCAAGUGUUUUUAUAUGUUAAUUAAUGAUUGCCUGUUAUUUUCCCCCUUGAAAUAAAACAAUGACUGUAGCAGUGA